UCAGGAACAGAUGGGGUCUCAGGUGAAGAAACAAUAGAAAGUCAGACCAGCUCUUCAAAGAAACGAAAAAUGACCACCAUCUCAGAGCCUUCUUUGCCAGGCAAAAAGAGAUCAAAAGACUCAAGUUCAGAAACAAUUGGUAGAUUACUUGAGAGAGUAAAAGCCCUUAACAUGUCUAUAAUACGUAAGGGAGAUGAAAAGUUACCCAAUUUGGACGAGUUUGCCUGUGAGCUGGAAGGCGUCAGAGUCAUUCUGGAAGUGAUUGUUCACCUUUGUGGUCAGCAAACAAGGAACCUCAGCGCGGAGAAUCCAAGUGACUUAAGUGAAAUUAAAGAGUUUUUUACAAGCUUGGAUCUCGGCCACCUUUUCUCCAUGUUUAAGUUAUCUCUGCAAUUCAUUGUCCAGACUGCAGAGCUGUCAUCGCAAGGCACAAGCGCAUUUAACAUCGCUGAUUCGUCCUUUAGAAAACUUGUACAGCUGUGCGGACUAUUGUACAGCAUAUCAGAUUUAAUUCACAUCCCUCUAGCAUUAUGCCAGUUCUUUAUAUUUCUGGUAUCUAUUCCUUGGCUUUCAAAGUGUGAUCCUCCAUGGUUUGAUCUUCCGCAUGGGUUCGGUCUUUCGUUGGACGGCAUGGUCAGAGUUGGGAGGUCACUCGAUCCUUUGCUUGGUAAAGACAGUAGAGUUGGUUGUCUCCAAUUACUGGCAGUUCUGGAUGCAGCGCCAACCUGGAGAACACAAGUGUUCCUUCUAGUUCUUAAAGAUACCAAUGACAUGAAGAUUGUGGCUCUCAAGUAUUUUCCUCUGUUGCUGUCCUCUAUUGGCUCCUACGCAUUUCACUUGAUCAAUAAUGUUCUUCCUGGGAUGCUCUCUUGCGGUGAAGCUGUUCAAGUAGAAAUUGCCAAAACUAUUGGCUCACUAGCCUGUGUACUUACAGAGAAUACGGUGAUAAAGAAGUUGAAGAAUGAAUUACCUUUUCAACAUUCCAUCUCCAGUAGCAUCGCAUGUCUUUGCCCCGAUUGUGAUUCUAUUAAUCAAAACAAAGCAGAUGACUUGGAGGGAACUAAACCACAUGCCAUAGUGAAUGCAGGAAAUUUCAUUCCUUACCUUCAACUUAUCUCUCCUGAAGCAAGCUCUUCCGUCAAGUGCGCUUUCAUCAAGAGCAUGAAGAGAAUCUUUGCGCAUUUGGCAGUGACACCUGAUAAUGAAGCCCAAAGAUCUAUUGUGAGUGCAACUUGCUUUGACCUUAUUGAGGACCCCGAUUUUGACGUCAGGAUGCAGUUCAGCAAUGUCGUCCCUUAUGUUGUUAAACCUGGAGGAGCAGACUCAGACGAGAGCACCCAACAAAAUUUCAUUUCCAAGCUGAAGAAAGUGUUCGUUGAAGCGUCUUCACAGGGCAACUGCAAACUGCAGGAGACGGUUGUUUUAACGAUUGGACAACUUGGAAAAGUGGCCGAAGGGGAACUAUUGCUGGUUGUUAUUGUGAGUUUGCUAGAGAGCCUGACUGCUCACACUCGGCUCAUAAGAGCUGCAGCUUUCAAACAGGUCCAAGAGGUGGCCAAGUUUCAGAACAAACAGCUGAAGGAUUUGUUUGCAGGGUUCAAGCAGCCGAUUUGUAAAUUUGUGGUAGAUGCCAUGGACGAAAUGCAAAACUUAAAUCCAUCUUCUAAAGGUUCUUUGGAUGUUGUCUCCGAAGUUGCCAGUGUGUUUGAGUUUAGGGAUGUCCAUUCGUUUUUAAAGAGUACACUGCGUUUUGUCAUCCCUUACUUGGUAAAGAAAGCAUCGCCUUCCUCAUCGGCAAUCUUAAGACACAUCGCUAAAGAGCUGAAAAUGAACAGAAGGGAAAUGCUGUUGGAAAACUUCAAGUUUAUUUUUUCUUUCCUUGUGAGAACAUGUUCAGCGUCAGAGUUGGAAAAAGCUCUGGGUUAUGUACAGAAAGAGACAGAUGUGGAGCUUGGUAGCCUACUGAGAUCUGAGGCCCAGAGUGUUUACAAUCAGCUGUUAUUGUAUCUAAGCGUUAGUUAUAGCAAGGUGUUUAGUGGACUGGCAAUGCUAGCCUCGAAGGAUGACACUUACACUGGGCCAAAGGAUCUUAAAACUGAUCUACAUCUGGCCAAUUUUCUACAAUCCAGGCUGCUAGGUAUCCUGGCCUUCUAUAACACUGUACUCCUAACAAACACUGACCUGGAAGAGAAGAGGUUAGCUCUUCAGAGCCUCACCAAACUGAUGCAAGUGAUGGGACGAAAGUACAUCACUUACGUACGAGUCAAAGUCAUGGGUAUUCUGCGGUUGUGUCUAAGAUUUCAGGAUGAAGGGUUUCCCGAGCUAUCCUGUGAUGCGUGGGAGAACUUUGUGCGGAAUCUGGAACUUUCAAACCUUGGCCACAUGCUAAGCCAAAUCAUUGUGACUCUGUUGCCGUACCUGAACAAGCUUCCAGCAAGAGUCACACAGAUUUUCCACUUUCUGAUUGUAGAAAACAAAGCUGCUCUACGAGGUUAUUUUCAUGAGAUCUAUUUUCUCCCUGAUAUUCCUGAACUGCGUCGAGUCAAUGCAGUACUGAGGACGUGUAGUGGGAAUAGUAUGGAAAAAAUGGACUUUCGAGCUCAGUUGCGGCAAUCCCUGAAAGGAAUAUCUCAUGAAAGUGCUGAUGUGCAAAGACAUGCUUUGUCAAAACUCAAACAGCUACUUCAUGAUAACCAGGCCACCUUACACGGCUAUGUCCUCAGCAAUGAAACCGUUGAUCCUAUUAUCCCGCAGCUUAUAAGUGUGCUCAUGUCCAGUUGCCGUGUGACUGAUGCCGAAGUGAAGAUACUUGUGGCUGAAUGCCUCGGUGAACUGGGGGCCGUCGAUCCUGGAAGACUGGAUAAGCUCACGCACGAUCCUGUGGAUGAACAAACAGUUUUUGAGGUAGCAUACAUGCAUGGUGAUUUUGAAUCGAAGAAGGACGGGGAUGGUUAUGACCUGUGGCAGAAAUUUCCAGAGCACAUCCAAGAAGUUCUUCGACCUCACUUAUAUUCAAAGUACCUCAGCUCCAGCACUCCCAAUUGGUCUGGUCUCCUUAAACCCAUCUACAGGAGCACUAAGGGCCGAGUGUACAAUGAGUGGGUCAGCACAUGGACAUCAUAUAUGAUCACUAAGGUCAAGGGCCAGAAACCAUCCCAUAUAUUCCAGGCUUGCAGUAAAAUUUUUAAGCAUGACGUUAAGACGGCGUUAUUCUUGCUGCCUCACGUGUUGUUGUAUGUUCUGUUAGAUGGCACAAAAGAGGAUGUCGAAGAGGUUUACGGAGAGAUCAUGGCAGUUCUCACUCAUCUUCAAAGAAAUGAAGAGCUUCCUGCUCCCUCCUCAGAUUUCCGCCAGAUGAGUGCUCAGACUAUAUUUUCAGCCCUGGAUUAUUUGAACCGUUGGGCGAGAGCAAAGGCUUACAGAUUGGCCGUAAAGACACAAUUGGUGACCUCCAAACAUCGAAACAGUUCGUCAAUCUCAGAUAUUCAAGAUGAGCAGAAAGCCGUAGAAAAGUUCCUGGAAAAAAUUCCCCAGGAUGUGCUGGCCUACGCAUCGUUCCACUGUAAGGCAUAUGCCCGUGCCUUAAUGCACUUUGAAGCAUUCAUCUCGAGUCAGAAGCAAGAUGUCCACCAGCAUCUGGGAUUUGUACAGAAGCUCUACAUAGUUUUGGACGAACCUGAUGGAGUUGCUGGGGUUGCAGCCAGCAGGAAGCAGGAACCCACUCUCCAUGAACAGAUCCUUGAUCAGAAAAGCUCAGGAAAAUUAUGUGACGUUUCUGCUCGUUACGAGAGAGCAAUUCAAGAAGAACCGGGUGAGAUUGGACAUCACAAGGGCUUGUUGCAGUGUUUUAUUGAUCUUGGUCAGGUGACCACCGCUCUUACUCACGUGGAUGGAGUUGUUACUCGCAGACCUGAAUGGGAGAAGUCGCUGAACGCCUACCGUGUUGAGGCUUCCUGGAGACUAGGCCAAUGGGACUCUCUUGAAAGUUAUCUUAAACUGGAAAGAGGAGUUGGUGACUGGGAUGUUGGAUUAGGAAGAAUCCUGUUAGCUGCCAAAGAAAAGAACGAGAACGAAUUUAGACGUCAACUAAAGGUAGUUCGCAGUCAACAGAUGGGAUUCCUGUCCGCCGCAAGCAUGGAGUCUGGGUCCUAUCAACGCGGUUAUGAGCAUAUCGUCAGGCUUCACAUGCUACGUGAGGUUGAGGAAGCAGUGCAGCGGAACUUCCUUCUAGAGGCUGAUGGUAUCCAAACAAUGGGCGUGACAAAUAGCUGGCAGUCACGUUUGCACAUUUCGCAGACAUCAUUUCGCACAAGAGAACCAAUCUUAAAUUUGAGACGAGUUGUUUUAAAGCUGUUACCAAGUUCCGAGGAGUUACAGAAAGAACAAGGGAAAAGCUGGCUUCAGAGUGCAAAGGCAGCCAGGGUGGCCGGUCAUGUCCAAACUGCUGACAGUUCGCUUUUAAGCGCCAGUGCCUUCGCUUUACCAAGUUUAUGUAUUGAACGCGCAAAAUGGAUGGCCAGUCAAGGUGAUGUUCAUAGCGCUCUGAUAAGUUUGCAACGAGCUGUCAGUGAACAGUGGCCUGAUGGUAGCAGUACAAUAUCAGAUGGGGGAAUGGACAGAUUUAUCCAUGCAAAGGCCUUGCUACUUAUUGGCCGAUGGAUGGAGGAGACUGCACAUUAUGCAGCUAAUCGGGCCAUCCAACAGUACAAGACUUCCAUGCUAACUCUACAUGUGAAUCAUUCUCCUUCUAGAGACUUCAUUCCAUUUGUUCUUAAACAUUAUGGACUGUCUCUUCAGUUCGGAAACAAAUUUAUCUAUCAAUCCAUGCCUCGUCUCCUAAGUAUUUGGCUUAAUUUUGGCGCCACAGUUUCUGAUCAAGGUCGACAGACCAAAGCUUCUGAUAGAGGAGGAAAAAGGCAAAAGUUGGCAGAUUGCAAUGAGAUUAUGUCAGAUCUGACCAAUAAACUACCAGCCUACCAAUUCCUCACGGCGUUCUCUCUACUUAUUUCUCGCAUUUGCCAUGCGAACCAAACGGUCUUCCUUCAGCUCGAGGAGAUUAUCGCCAAACUGUUAGUGACGUACCCACAGCAAGCGAUGUGGAUGAUGAUGGCUGUUUCAAAGGAAGAAAAUUUUUCUACAGAUCUGGGAAGUUCGCGUGACAUUACAUUAAACAAGUUCCUUGAGCACUCCACAAGACUAGCUGACAGACUUCUUGAAGUAUGCAACAAGGAAGUAUCGAUUAAGGGUCCUUCCAAAGACAAGUUGAGCAUGAGUCAUGACUUCUCUGUUCUCAAGAGGCUUGUUUCUGAUGGAGAUUUUAGUCCUAUAAUAGUUCCUCUCCAGUCCGCCAUGACUGUGACCCUGCCAUCAGGAGCCGGAAGCCAUCAUGAUCACAAUCCAUUCCCAGGCUCAUUACCUUGUAUCGUCGGUUUUGAGGACAAGGUUGAUGUUCUAGCAUCUCUACAGAAACCCAAGAAAAUCACCAUUAAAGGCAGUGACGGAAACUCGUACACCAUGAUGUGUAAACCCAAGGAUGAUCUUCGGAAGGAUUGUCGAACAAUGGAGUUUAACGCCCUCAUCAACAAGUGUUUAAGAAAAGACCCUGAAUCUCGACGAAGGCAGCUGCACAUUCGUACUUAUGCGGUGAUUCCCCUAAAUGAAGAAUGCGGACUGCUAGAAUGGGUACAGAAUACUCAUGGAUUGAGAAACAUACUCACGAAAAUUUACAAAGAGAAAAAUAUGUAUACUCGAGGUGGGGAACUCAAGAAAUUAAUGGACAGAGCAGGAAGCAAACCUGAGGACAAGAAACGUGUCUUCUUGAAUGAGAUCCUUCCUAGGCACCCUUCCGUUUUUCAUGAGUGGUUCCUGAAGACUUUUCCUAAUCCAACUUCGUGGUAUAUGAGCCGCCUGACAUACUGCCGAACGUCUGCGGUUAUGUGUAUGGUGGGUCAUAUCCUAGGUCUUGGUGAUCGCCAUGGUGAGAAUAUUCUGUUUGAUGCUACCAGUGGAGACUGCGUCCAUGUGGACUUCAACUGUCUCUUUAAAAAGGGAGAAAGCUUCGAAUGUCCAGAACGCGUACCAUUUCGAUUAACACAUAACAUAGUUAAUGCGAUGGGUCCUCUUGGAUACGAGGGAGUUUUUCGUCGUUCUUGUGAAGUCACCUUACGUCUUCUGAGAAAUCAGUGUGAUUCUUUACUCACUGUCCUAAGAACCUUUAUUUACGAUCCCCUUGUGGAGUGGCAGAGGACUAAAGGAAGGGAACUACUUACCGAGGCAUCAAAGAACAGAGAAACAGGAGAAGUUACCAAUGAAGAGGGUCUUAAGAUUCUGAAAGAUGUUGAAAGGCGGAUAAAAGGCUUUGAAGGAACAAGCAAGAUCAUGAUUCCUCUCUCGAUAGAAGGACAGGUGCAUUACCUGAUCGAGGAGGCCACAAGCGAUGAUAACUUAUGCCGGAUGUACAUUGGAUGGGCUCCUUUUCUUUAACGAAAAUAUGUUUACAAUAGACCUUUGUAAAUCAUGGUAAAGAAGACGCUUGCCAAAUUGCAGCAAACUGACUUGUGUAUGGAAACUCAUUAUCAGAAUACCAGUAUUCUCUUACGUUAUUGUUAAGUUGGCGGUGAUAGGUUGAGUUCUAAGGGCGAUAUUUUACGAAAUAUUUUCAAGCUGCAACCAACACAAUUGUUACAAUUAAAGAGUUGUUUAGGUUU